AAAUACUUGAUAGUCAAGUAGAAGUACUUGAUAGUCAAAUAGAAGUAUUAGACAGUCAAGUUGAAGUAUUUGAUAAUCAAGGACCUGACAAUCAAGUAUCCAAUAGCCAAAUAGCUAGAUUCAAAGAAAAUUACCAGCAAGAAUUGGAAUAUUUUAUUAAUAGACCACAUAAUCAAUGA